AUAUAAUACCGAAAAGCAGAGGGUCAACUCCCCUCCUAAAGCUAAUUUCCUGAAUUUCUACGCAGUUCUAACAUGACACAGGCACUUCUAACUAGUUCUUUUUAGAACAGCAAAAAAUGUCACCAGACACUCAUCAAGCUAGUUUGCGUCUGUCGCUGACGUGUCCAAGGAGAAACGGAUGCUGAUCCAAGGCCGAGAGGACCUGCUGCUCAGAGAGGUGGACGUUUGACCACAAGGCUAACACGUGCCACACCACCUGUCCAGUCCUGUCCAGUGGAGCAGUUCCACAGCAUGUUUGCAGGGGAGUUUUUCUACAUCGGCAUGGCCAGCAACGUCCACCUCUCUGCACAUUCGUCCCCCUGUGAAGGGUCAUAAAGUGCAGCAGUAUCGAACAGAAAGCUCACAUUCACUGGAUGCCCUCCUGGAAAGCAUGCGGGAAUGUUGAGGAACAUAACCACUUGCACGAAGGGCACGUUCACUCGAGUACAGCUUCAGGACAACUUCUCUUACGACAUCCUCAAAAGUAUGUGUUCUUAGUGGAGGAGGUUCUGUUCCGGCCUAGCUCUGCCUCCAGUGACCUGCAUAUCUCCUACUACAGCAUGACACACUACUUCUGCCCCCUGCUGGUCUACCACGGUACCCCCUGGAUACCCUCCAUGGAGCUCUGGAACGGUAAUGAGCUGGUGGAGCGGGCGAGUGGCGACUUUGUGAUGUUUGAGGUGAACGGCAUGCAUAACUACCAGUACCAUCAGUCGGGCCAGGAGGCCAAGUGUGUCUCCCAGCCCAAGAACUGGACCUCUCUGCUGAGCCAGCAGCAAAAUAAACCAAACCCCAACACAGCCCAGACCAGGAAUAUACGUACCGCUACUAUACGCUGA